AUGGAGAACGAGAAGAUCGCCGACUUCCUCCAACAACAGCGAGAUGAGGCGCCAGACCAUUUGCAGCACUACUUCCUCUCCUUCGAAGACUACUGGGAGCGCAAGCUGUGGCACGAACUGACCGACAUCCUCGUCGCAUACUACAACGAGCCAGACAGCAAGCCGCAGCGCUUAGCCAUCUUCAACAACUUCAUCAAGCGCUUCGCAGACAAGAUCAACCAGCUCAAGCUCGUGCGCAUAGGCCUGAGUACUGCAAACACGUGUUCCGACGACACCGAGCGCCUCGACUUCCUGCAAGCGCUGGCCAACAAGGUCGACAAGCCCGCUUCACAAGACGCCUACACAUACGCCCUCACAUCAGUCGCCAACACGCGCCUCAGUCUACAGCAGACGGCCGAGGCUCGGAAAGACCUCGACAAGUGCGAAAACAUCCUCGACACCUUUGACAGCGUAGAGACGGAAGUGCACGCCAACUUCUACUGCGUCUCCGCCUCAUACUACCAAACGCAGCAACAUUUCGCCAAGUACUACCGCACAGCACUCCUCUACCUUGCCUGUGUGGAGCUGAAAGACAUUACCGAGAAAGACCGCCAACGCAUCGCUUACGACCUCUCCAUCGCCGCACUCGUCAGCGAAGACAUCUACAAUUUCGGAGAGCUCCUUCUCCAUCCGAUUCUCGAUAGCCUCGCUAAGACGCCGCACGCCUGGCUGCGCGAUCUGCUCCUCGCCUUCAAUCGUGGUGACCUCUCUGCAUACAACAUCUUGCAGCAGCACCUCGACGCAAACCGUCUCCUCCAGCAACACCAACAAUUCCUCUACCAGAAGAUCUCACUGGCUGCUCUGACGCAGCUGGUAUUCUCUCGCCCUCCGCAGGAUCGAAGCAUGACCUUCCACACUAUUAGUCAGGAGACCAAGGUGCAGAUCGAUGAGAUCGAGCAUCUCAUCAUGAAGGCACUGAGCUUGGGCUUGUUACGAGGCAGCAUCGACCAAGUCGCAGAGGUGGCGCGGAUAACGUGGGUGCAGCCAAAGGUUCUCGACCGCAAUGGUAUCGAAGGCAUGCGCACCCGAUUAAGAGAGUGGGACGGAGGAGUGGAGCGUCUGGGCAACUGGAUCGAAGGUGUAGGCCAGGAUGUGUGGGCAUAG